AGUUUAUCUAAGACACGCACAGUGACCGGGAUAUCCCAGGCGGUGUGUUCCGCUAAACAAAUAGCAGGUUGACAGGUUGGUCACUGUCAUUUGUUGAUGGUGGCAGACCGACCAACCAGACUAACUAAUAACUAACCCUCAACUAACUCCAUGUCAAGAGCCCCGUGGUCCACACCGCCGCUACUUUACAAUAACACAGCUAACGCGCGGGUGUUGACCGUAAACAACUCGGCGGGCGACGAGUCGACUGUCGUGGUCCGGUGUUAUUUCAAGCUAGCUGGUGUUAACGUUAAAGGGGUUAGCUUAGCUGGUUAGCAUUAGCCUGUUCCCGGCGGGGAUGUAACGACCGUGUGGAGACAACAUGGCCAGAAAGACGAGCACGCGCGACACCGGCGCCUGUCGUGACAACACCAACUGCUCGUGUCCGGCUGAUGGACACGGACAUGACAUGACAUGACGGUGGCCCGUAGCUCCGAAGCCUCUGCUAGCAAGUCGGCGUCCUGGCCGGGGACUGAGUUUCUCCCAACAUGUCGCUCUUGUCUUUAAGGACGAACCUCUCCGACUCGCCCGUCCGCCCGAGAGCUGCGUCACUCGGUUGUCAACUCGGUCGACACAACCCGGUUCUGUUCUGCACAAAGUGUCAUAAAACAGCGACCUUCAGGGAAAGUUCACCGGAUCCGAGUAUGACACUGUACCUGUGUUACUAUUGUAUUAAAACCCACCCGAGAUCAGUUUGAGUGCGCUCAUUGUUUUUGCGCUCGGUGUCAAACGGAUUCCAACACAGUGCGAGGGAGUUUGUUCUGUCAAGUGUCUCACUCCGCGGGUAUUUUUAGCUUCCAUUAGCCCAGUUCUGUGCAGAGCAACAAGUUGCAGGAAUGUGAUGCAACUGUCACAUCUCCGCGGCAGUUCACGGGGCGAAGACGUCACUCGAUCGCGUUGCUGUCGACUUCUAGAGGGGUAUAACAAUAUCCAUUCAAAGUGAACGUGAACGCAACACUGGCCCGCCCACUCCCACAGGUGAGGUUUUUGAGGCGAGGGUAUGGAGCACCCUGUACACAGAGGGGAGACGAUGCCCAUCGGACUGCAUGACAGCCACCAACACUCCUUUGUGGUUUGGACAACCCACUCUCUCCUCGCUGCCUGUCCGACUUACCACCUGACGGGAUCCCUCGUGGAGGACGACGACGCUCACAUGAAAGUUGCUCUGGGAUAUGGUGACAUGGGCAUUUCUGCUCACCUACAGGCAUCAAAGACUGGAAACACUCGAUUUUUCACAAGCAACACACACAGCUCAGUUGUUCUUCAGGGAUUUGACCAGCUGAGGAUAGAGGGUUUGCUAUGCGAUGUCACGCUGGUGGCCGGCGACGGCGAUGAAGCUUUCCCUGUACACCGCGCCAUGAUGGCCUCGUCCUCCGACUAUUUCAAAGCCAUGUUCACAGGUGGAAUGAAAGAACAAGAUUUAAUGUGCAUCAAGCUCCAUGGAGUAAACCGAAUAGGCCUGAAGAAGAUCAUCGACUUCAUCUACACAGCCAAGUUGUCGCUCAACAUGGAGAACCUGCAAGACACACUGGAGGCAGCCAGCUUCUUACAGAUCCUCCCUGUGCUGGACUUCUGCAAGGUCUUUCUUAUAUCUGGGGUUUCUCUUGACAACUGUGUGGAGGUGGGUCGCAUUGCCAACACGUAUAACCUCACAGAGGUGGACAAAUAUGUCAAUAACUUCAUCCUGAAGAACUUCCCCUCACUGCUGGGCACGGGGGAGUUUGUGAAGCUGCCAUUUGAGCGACUGGCGUUUGUACUGUCCAGCAACAGCUUGAAACACUGCACUGAAUUGGACCUGUUCAAAGCAGCCUGCCGCUGGCUCCGCUACGAAGACAGUCGCAUGGACUACGCCUCAAAGCUCAUGAAAAACAUCCGCUUUCCACUCAUGAACCCGCAGGAGCUCAUCAAUCACGUGCAGACAGUGGACUUUAUGCGCACGGACAACACCUGUGUCAACCUUCUCCUGGAAGCUAGCAACUACCAAAUGAUGCCCUACAUGCAGCCAGUUAUGCAGUCGGAACGGACAGCCAUCCGCUCGGACAGUGCCCACCUGGUCACCCUGGGUGGUGUUCUGCGUCAGCAGCUAGUCGUGAGCAAGGAGCUGCGUCUGUUUGACGAGAAGGCUCACGAGUGGAAGGCGCUGGCGCCCAUGGACGCGCCCCGCUACCAACACGGCAUUGCGGUCAUCGGCAACUUUCUCUACGUGGUGGGUGGCCAAAGCAAUUACGACACCAAAGGCAAGACGGCAGUGGACACGGUGUUCCGGUACGAUCCUCGCUACAACAAAUGGAUCCAGGUGGCCUGCCUUAAUGAGAAGCGUACCUUCUUUCACCUCAGUGCACUCAAGGGGCACCUCUACGCCGUCGGUGGGAGGAACGCCGCCGGGGAGCUUGCUACUGUGGAGUGCUAUAACCCAAGGACGAAUGAAUGGACGUAUGUUGCCAAAAUGAACGAGCCACAUUACGGCCACGCUGGGACAGUGUAUGGUGGAUAUAUGUAUAUUUCAGGGGGAAUCACUCACGACACUUUUCAGAAGGAGCUGAUGUGCUUUGACCCAGAUGCAGAUAAAUGGACUCAGAAAGCGCCCAUGACGACGGUGCGCGGCCUGCACUGCAUGUGCACGGUGGGGGACCGUCUGUACGUGAUCGGGGGCAAUCACUUCCGGGGCACGAGCGACUACGACGACGUGCUCAGCUGCGAGUACUACUCCCCUGCCCUCGACCUGUGGACACCUAUCGCCGCCAUGUUGCGGGGCCAGAGCGAUGUUGGCGUGGCCGUGUUUGAGAACAAGAUCUAUGUGGUGGGGGGCUACUCUUGGAACAAUCGCUGCAUGGUGGAAAUAGUACAGAAAUACGACCCCGAGAAGGACGAAUGGCACAAAGUGUUUGACUUACCCGAGUCGCUGGGCGGGAUCCGAGCCUGCACACUCACAGUUUUCCCCCCUGAGGAUCUCUCGGGCUCACCCUCCAGAGAGUCGCCCCUCUCAGCACCUUGAUGAGUAAAGGGGGGAGGGGGCGGCCCUUUGCUCACACACCCGUAACCCCUCGCCCACCCGACCCCCCUCAACAAACACACCUUAUAGACAUUGUUUGCACUUCCUCUUUGGACUACACCUGUACUGCAUCCCCAAGUACCCCCCUCCAUCUCCACUCAAGCUGUGCAGAGACCCCUCCCCAAGUGGUUAAAACCUACAUACCGAUACGGUUUGGCAACCUAAUUACACGUUAAUGUUGCGUACUCGGUAUAUUUUGGCAGGAAAUACCUUGACUUGAAAAGUGACUUUGCAAAUCAACUUUUCUACCUGAUGUCUACAAAGUUUUCUUAUGUCUCGGUUUCUGUAGGCGUUCGACCUUGAGACGCCGACCACCACACUGACUCUCUCUUCUAGUCUAUGCCAGGUUAGCUGCAGGUGACCCCCAGAGAGCAGAGGCGUAGCGGAAAGGAUGAGCUCAGAAACAAACAGCUGGUUUUUAACUCAGGGGUUUGGCCCAGGCCCCAUCGACGUCUCUCUCUCUCUCUCGUACAGUUUCAGUUCUUUCCUGCUAUUGCUAUGAAACUGUUAACAAAAUGGUGUUUUCUAAAUUUAAUAAACAUGGUUUUGAAAGUAA